CCCUUAGUAUAAUAAAGUUGUUGCCGCCAAAAAAAAAAAGAACUAUAACUCCUUAUUGUAGUGCAGUUUAUCUCUAUUUCUCUUUACAUACUCUUCUCUUUACUCUCUUCAUAAAAAAAUAUCAAAUUUAUCGCUACUUCCGUGCACAGAAUCUCUAUUGUAGUGUAGUUUACGUUCUCCACUGAUCAUCAAUUUAAGGCAAAGAAAAAGGAUGGAAUUUUACCAACUGCUGCUGAAGUUUAUGAGAGCACUCAUUCUGUUUGUGUGGGCAAUGAUGAAGUUGAAUUGAUGGGUGACAAGUCUCAAAAAGUCAUGGGAGAAUAUAUGGAAAAACUUGAGGAAUGUAAGAACAAAGGAAUUGAGAUAAAUCCCGACAAAGUCUACUUGGAGUUUGUAGGUGGGCAAAAGAAAGGAAAAGUCUACGGUUUAGGGAGUGCUUCACAAAUGUAUUACAAGAAUGAUCCUACUUCUCAAUCUACUGCUUCAUCUUCCACUCCUUCCAUGAUUUCUCAAUUAAGUUCUCAAGUUGAAGAACUAAAGAAGAUGGCGGAAGAAAACCAUAACAAGGUAGAAGAAAGCCAAAAAAUAGCGGCAGAGAGCUUAAAAUGUGCUAAGGAAUUCGUCGAAAAUCAUGAGAUCGAAAAGGCUACAUGGAAGAAGGAAAAAUUAACUAUGCAAAAAACAUUGCAGGAAAUGGCAUCACUUGUAAAACAAGUUUACCGUCCUUAUAAGCCUCCUACGCCUGCAGUCACCCGCUCUCGUGAUAUAACUAAGUGAUUUUUAUUUUCUUGGUGGUAAUUUUAUGAACAACUGGCCUUUUACAUUGUCAUUAAUUCUUGUUUGAAGUAGCUUUUUUUUUAUAUGGGAGGUGACUUUUGGAACAAUUAGUCUUAUAAGUUAAAUAUUGUUUUUUAAUACAUUGAUACAAAAUUGAUUGAUAUUUUGGAUAUUUGAAUAAAAUUAACAUUUUGGUUAUUUGAAUUUA